AUGGCGUCCGAAAUCAUUCCCUCAUACCCUGCUGCAGGUAGCCUUGAAGGUACACCCAGAGGCAGCCAGACGAAAGUUGGCCCCCUGGACACCUACGUUGCUCAGCCACCUGUUCAGAAGGAUAAUUCUUCUGCAGUCGUCGUUUUCUACGACGAGUUCGGCUUCAAGAUUCCGAACGCGAAGCUCAUAUCCGAUCUGCUCGCCGAGAAGACCGGCUUGACCGUAUAUUGCCCUGACAUCUUCGCAGGCGACGGCGUCUCCCCGGAGGACCACAGCGUCAUCGCAAUCAAGGACCAACGUAACAUUAUCAAGAAGUUGUCAGAAAGCCUUGAGCAUCAUCCGAAGGCACAUACCGCCCAGAUACUGGAGUUCCUGACAGCCCUCAAACGCGAGCACAGCCAACUUGCCGCGGUCGGAUAUGGCUGUGGCGCGAAGCACGCCGUCCACUUUAUCAGCAGCCAAACUGUGCAGUUCAAAGCGGCGGUCGUAUGCCACCCCUCGCACGUCUCGUUCGACGACAUCACGCAGAUUACGGAGGCAGUUUCAUUCGUCUGGGCCGAGCACGAUCACGUAUUCGACAAGACCGCCCGGGAGAGUGUGAACCAGUUCCUUGUCAUCGACCAGCAGAUGAACAACGCCGGCGGAUACACCCGAGACAAUUUCAACGCGAUGGUUUCGAGCAUGGCGCCGCAGGGACCGCGACCACCGGUGGCGCUCAGCAAGGGCUUUGAGGCGCAGCUCGUCGUGUACCCGGGCACCGUGCACGGCUUCGCGAUCCGGCCGGACCUGCGCGACCCCGAGACACGCAAGGCGUUCGACGGCGCGCUCGACCAGGCCGCCGCGUUCGUCACGAAGCACCUCCAAGUCAAGCAUUGAAUCGCCGAGGCCUCCCCGGAAGCGCGGAGGUGCAUCAUUUUGGGCAGAGGAGAGGGGCCGUUCCUGCUUUUGGGUCGUUGGGACGGCAAGGCGCCGUUCGUGGAUCC